AUGCGGGUGUUACCCCCGAAGGUGGUGCCUCAGUGGGUUCCCCCCAGGGUACCUCCUCGGGGAUCGCCUGGGAUCGAGUUGCUGAUUGCUUCUGUAGCACCAGGGUUGGCACUUCUUUGUCUGUUACAGUGUGUAGCAGGUCGUAAUAAGUUACCAUGGGGUGUAGCCUUAGAGUUAUUAGGGUUUGGUGCUGUGGUGAGUGUGUUACUAGCGGUGGGGUUGGAGGUGCUAUGUGCUGUUGUCUUUGGUGCACAACUAAGAGAUUGUGCCCCUCCCCGCAGCAGCAGGGCCCCCUUUGCUGCAGCAGGAACAGCAGGAUAUAAUUAUAUGCAGCAGCAGCAGCAACUCCUGCAGCAAGAACUGCUGCAACAGCAACACCAUGACAACUUCUUAACUCCUGCUGCAGAGGCGAAAGGAUACCUGCAGCAAAUGAAGCAACAGCAGCAGCAGCAGCAACAACAACAACAGCAGCAACAGCAGCAGCAUGAGCAACAGCAGAACGGACAAGUGCCUGGGAUCCCUGACACCGCAGUUUCUCCCUCUGCAGCAACAACAGCAGCAGCAAACGAACCACCACCACCGCCAGCAGCAACAGCAGCAGCACAAGCAGCAGCAGCAGGAGAUGGUGGAGGUGCAUCAUUCUCUGUUAACAGCUUAUCUAGUUUGUUCUUACGGGGUGUUCUUGGAGAAAAUACAAAAGAUUGCAGCAUACAGAGCCGUGGGGUGUAUAGGCACCUCUUUUCUUUUAUUGCUGUUAAUGAGGUGUCUGCCCAGGUCCCUCAAGAAGAUAAUGAAGUCAUUAACAUCGAUCCUUAUGUCUGUAUUAUCUUUACCUUCUUAUAUAUGAUACUAUGCAUUGGUUUUGCUGAGGAAUUGUCAAAGGCAACCGGAGUGCUGCUGCUGCGUCCAUCGAGACUGCCGCGACUUGAUGAUUGGGUUCUGAGGGGCCCCCCAUUGGGGGCCCCCCAAGGUGGAGCGGCCCCCAGGGGGAGGCCCCAAGGAGGAGGGUCCCCAAUGGGGGGCCCUCAAGGUACUCCAUGGGGCCCUCCUGCUGCCCUUUCAGCACAGGCAGAGAAAGAAGAAAAUGCUUUUUAUCAUUAUGUUCCUCAUUCCCUUUCAAUUGUUGUUGGAGGCUGCUGUGCUGCACUGGGAUUCGCAACAGUAGAGAAUUUAAGUUACGUCUUCGCUGCAAGAUCAGACAUGGAGGUGGCGCUUGCUACAGCUUGGGUUAGGGCGUUUACGGCCAUUCCGUUGCAUGCAGCAAACACAGGCAUUGCCGCGUGUUUAUUGGCAGGUGCAGCAGCGAGUGCUGCUGCAGCAGUGGGUACCCGUAAUUGGACGGAGUCAACAGCAGCAGCAGCAGCAACAGCAGGAGGAGGAGGAGCUCGUGAAGACGGUACUGAUCGCGCAGGCUACGACAUAUUGACUGUAGGGGAGGUGCAUGCACUGCAACUAUCCAGUGACAGCAACAACAGCAGCAACAACAACAGCAGCAUCACUCUACCCCCCUCGCAUUCUGGUUUUGAUGACCCCAAACCUUUCUCUUUCCGGCUGCUGCUGCAGAGUGCGCUGCUGCCAGGGCUGCUGCACGGCUGCUACGAUGCAGCGCUGACACUUGCGUCUGCUGCAUACACAGCGGGGCAGGUACACCCAACCAACAGCAGCAGCAGCAGCAGUUUGUACGGCAGCGACGUUCAUAACAACUACAAUAUCUUCGUUGCCUCUGCAUGGCUAAUGGUUGCACUUGCUGCUUGGUGGACGUCUGUCAUUAUCUUCUGCAACAGAUGGAGCGGCACAAAGCAGCUGCUCCCUUUUUAUGUUUACUUUGCUGGUCCUCCUUUUGCCCCAUUGCCUGCUGAUCCUGCAGCAACAGCAGCAGCAGCUGCUGCUGCUGCAGGGGGUGCACUGCCCAUGAGAUCCGGGGCUACUGUCUUCCCCGCUGCAGUGACACCGACGCAAACCUUUACAGAACAGUUCCAACAGCAGCUGCUGCAGCAGCAACUUCUCCAGCAGCAGUUCGCCCCCAUUCCGCCUGACACAGCGACGUGGCAGCAGCAGCUUCCGCAUCACCAGCAGCAUCAGCAGCAGCAACAACAGCAGCUGCAGCAGCAGCAGCUCCGCUACUCACCCAUGUACCGCCAUUACGCGCCCAUGCAGACCCCGCUCUUGCCGCCACAACAGCAGCAGCAACAGCGCAAUAAUGGCAGCAGCUCCACCUAG